CACCGGGCGAGAUUCGAAUCCGUAACGCUCGUUUAGCAGUCCGCGUCAUAACCCGCUGGACCAGACGGACAGUGGCCGGCAACACGAAAUUAGCGACCAUAUUCUGCGUCGAAAGAAAAAUGCAUGAAAACUCGAAAACACGCGUUUUCCCAAACAUAAGACUAAUCUAGAUAGAUUGUAUACCCCCAAAAACCCCCAUAUACCAAAUUUCAGCGAAAUCGUUAGAGCCGUUUCCGAGAUCACAGAAAUAUAUAUACAUAUAUAUGUACAAGAUUUGCUCGUUUAAAGGUAUAAGAUUGUUUUCUGUUCAUUGUUAAUUAAGCAUGCUAGUGUCCAUUAGAAUUGACACAUGAGAACAUAAUGCUCUCGCUUUAUUAUAUUGUUUAACUUAGUUUUAGUUUUACACACUUGGAGACCUUAUACAUCUCUAAAUUUUUACUUUUAUUUUUUUGUAUUUAAUUUGAUUGUGUAUAGCUAUAUUUUUAAUGAUUCUGACACAAAGAGACCUUUACAUCUCUAAGUAAAUUUAAGUUAAUUUAAGCUAGUAAUUUUGUGUAGCUAUUCCGUCUUUUAUCUAACAUACAAGCACAAAAUGUUGUGUCUCACAGCUACAUGUUAUUACUAUUUAAAUAUUAAUAUACCCCGUUAGCUUGAACAUGUCAUGCUCGCUUAAAAGUCGUUACUUACGGUGGCGUCGUUGAUCGGGUCGCCACUUUCCCGAAUGAAGGUUGAGGGAGGCGAUGGCUGAGAUACGCGUCAUACUCGUGAACGGGUGCUGUUUGUGGAGACUGGUCUGUUUAAGCUAACUUUAUUGAGUAUAUAAUUACACUGAGACACCUCAUUCGGUUCUCGUAUGUUUCUUUUAUCCUAAUGAAUGUUUUAAUUAUACGGAAUUUUGACUCUUAGAGACUCUAUACAUCUCUAACGAUAAUUUGAUAAAAGUCGUUCUGACAUUUAGAGAUAUUUACACCUCUAAAUAAUUUUAGAUUUUUUUUGUAAGUAUCUGUUUGUUUUUUUGUAUUAUUAUUUUAGUUAUUUUUUUGUAAUUGUAUUUUAUACUUAAUUGUUGAUGUGCUUGUUUUUGUUUGUAUGUAAUUUCCAUGUUGACGUUGUUAUGUAUGUGUGCGUGAGCGCACCACCCCGCAUCAUUUACUACAUGUAAUAAACCAGUGUGUCUAUAGCCAUCGGUUGUUUCACUCGCGCCCUUCCCGAAUAUAACAUUGGCGGCGAUCUACCUACUCACACGCGAAAAUAAAAAUGUCCAGUGCGCAUUUCGGAAUUUUGCCUACGUUUGAUCACCAUUCGCAGACCUGGAAAACGUUUAAAUCACGUUUAUUACAAUGGUUUGUGGCAAAUAAAAUAAAUGCGACGUCGGACGCGGGAGGCGAACAAAGGCGAGCGAUAUUACUUAGCACACUCAUUGACGGUACUUACAAACUCGCAGCGGAUUUAGCGUUGCCCAAGAAGAUAGAAGAAGUACCAUACGAAGAUGUAUUAAAGUUGCUGGAAGACCACUUUGUCCCAAGGGUGUUUGGUUUUAGUGAACGGUACAAAUUUUAUUCGGCUGUUCAACAAAACGGGGAGACGCAUACCCAAUGGGCGGCAAGGCUACGUGGUUUGUCAGCGGAUUGCGACUUCACAAACGUGGAGGAAGUUCUUCGCGACAGAUUUAUGAUGGGCAUGCUGCCGGGACGGGAGCGGGACAAGGUUUUCACGCAGGACCUCAAGGAGCUGACGCUUACCAAGGCGGUGGAGUUGGCUAACGCGGUGCGCUGCGCGCGGGAGGUGUCAGCGGGUGCAGGGCAAGCGGCCUCGACGAACGACCAGCUGUUCAAGAUCACCAGCGAGACCAAGGAUACAGCCCGUGAAAAAUGUGCAGUGUGCGGUUAUUCAAACCAUAAGACGGCCGAAUGUCGUUUUUCUAAUUAUCGAUGCAAGAAAUGCCGCGGUAAAGGCCAUUUAAAAAGAAUGUGCAAAACAGUAAAGUGCAUUAUGGCGAAUGACGUGAGCGAGGGAGACGAUGUGUUUACAGAGUAAAGCGUAUAGUGGUAAAAAUAAACAAGAAUUUAAGAUAGGCGAUAAGGUUUUAUAUAAAAAGAACUUUAAUAAUAACAAGUUUACAUGGUGUAAGGGUGUUAUUAUGGAAAAGUUGUAUAUUUAGUAAAAGAUUGUGAACAUUUAGAUAAGCAUAAAAAACAUAAAGAUCAAUUAAUGUUAUACAAGGGACAACAAGAGGACGGUUCGUUUCUAGAUGACAUUUCUCUGGAAAAUUU